CCAGACACCGAAGAGGAAGGAAACAAUAUCACAGGAGCUGAAAGCGUCAAAAUAAGUCAGUCAAUAAAUACAGCAGUUUUCCGUGGAGGAGAAAACGGAGGAGGAGUCUGCAUCUAAGCGUCUGGCAGUUGGGGUCGACCGUCCCCGUCCCCUGCAAGCCAGCCAACGCCAGUGCAGACACAGCCGGGCAGCGUUGGGUCGCGUACGUCUUCACCUGCGAGACAAGUGAGUGUGAAUGGAGGGCGACGGCGCAGAGUCUGACUUCCGUCCGAGCGAGAUCACGCAGGAGAGCGUCGAGGCGGCACUCAAGAACGACAAGGGAAGCGACGCUCGUCUCGUCUCCUUCGCGGUCCAGGAAUGCACCAAGAAAGGAGACAACUACGCGACGUCUGUGGCCAGAGUCAUUGUGAAUUACACGCUUUGGGAAACUGACCACGAGACUUCGUAUGUCGUGAAGUAUAACCCCAGAAAUUUUGCGGCAUUUGAAAAGUUCCUUUACGUUGUAUUUAGAAAAGAAGUAAUGUUUUAUCAGCAUCUUGUGCAUGAUAUUCAGUCACAGUUAAAAGAAGCAGGUCAAACUCCUCUAAGAGUUCCUCGGUGUUUCCACACGUCCUUAGAAGAAUUUCAGGAGGUUAUCUUCCUGGAGGACCUCCGGCCCAAGGGCUUCAAGAUGUUCGACCGCAAGAAGGGCAUGGACGUCGCCCACACCAAGCUCGUCCUCGAGGAACUGGCCAGACUCCACGCGGCCUCGUACCUCCUCAAGGCCAAGAUCCCAGACCUCACCGAGAAGUACCCAAUCCUGAAGCUGGAUUGGCUCAACUAUGCCGACGACGCAAGGGAUAAAACAUACAAGUUAUUUUCCAAACAGAUGGAUAUAGUUAAAGAUAUGCUGAAUAAAGUCGGAGGAUACGAAGUGGCGGAGAACUGGCUCGGCAGAAACAAGGUGAAAGUAUUAGACAUGCUGGGCGACCAUAUCGUUGGGGUUCCUCCCUUCGACCUUCUGUGCCACGGUGACUGCUGGAACAAUAACUUGCUCUUUAGAUACAACGAAGAAGAGACUCCCAUCGAAGUAAUGCUGCUGGACCUACAGUUGUGUCGCCAAGCCUCACCAGCCACCGACCUCAACUACCUCUUCCACUCGAGUCUCGAAGGCUUCGUGAGGAAAACGAACCUCGAGUCGUUUCUAGACAUCUACUACUCGUCCUUCCUCAGCGUCGCAGAAGCAGGGAAGACCGCCAUACCCUUCUCCCGAGAGGAACUUCGUCAGGAGUACAAGAACAACCUCGAAUAUGGCCUGCUGCUCGCGAUGUUGGUGACUGUGAUAGUUAUCUGUGAGGGAGACAUCAACAAGGAGGAUGAGGAUGGGUUUACCGACUCACUAAAAGAUGUUUUAGAUGAGCUGGUUGCAACAUCGCCCAUACUGCGCCCCAGAUUCCUUAGUAUAUUUGACGAAAUGAUUGAAAACAAAGUUAUUGUUUGAGGUAUUGAAGCUUAGGGACACCUUUCCCCCGAAAUUAUGUUGCUGUUUUUGUUUUUUUCUCUUUUUUUCUUUCGUUUUUGCUUUCUUAUCCUUUUUUCUAUUACUUUUUCUCUCAAGGUUUUCAUGACUAAAACUUCUAAUGAUAAUUAAAGCAUUGCUGAUUAUAUAUUCAUCAGCAUCAAUUUAUUCAUAUUACUAAUAUUAACCUCCUCACUUUUAGUAUUACAUGAAGUCAGUAAUAUAAACAAGCAGUUGUGAAAAAUGUAUGGACUUUAUCAUCCACUACAAUGUAAAUCAAGUUGUCAUUAAAGUUGUUUUUUUAACCUUCCAUAGACCCUUAAUUUUGUUUAGAUGAAUACCUGAUAAAUCCCUUUGUGAUUUGAGAGAAUAUGCAGUAUAAAAGCAUAAGAAAGUUAAUUCGAUAAAACAAUAUUUAUGCUGUUUGUCGUAUACUUAUCAGUAUCCAUUAUAGCAUA